AUGUGGCAGGACAGAGCCAGAGGCAGAUGGUCCAACACAAGCCCACCCUCCUCCUCCUGGACCCUCCUCCUCCUGGACCCUCCUCCUCCUGGACCCCCCUCCUCCUGGACCCCCCUCCUCCUGGACCCUCCUCCUCCUGGACCCUCCUCCUCCUGGACCCUCCUCCUCCUGGACCCUCCUCCUCAUGGACCCUCCUCCUCCUGGACCCUCCUCCUCCUGGACCCUCCUCCUCCUGGACCCUCCUCCUCCUGGACCCUCCUCCUCCUGGACCCCCCUCCUCCUGGACCCUCCUCCUCCUGGACCCUCCUCCUCCUGGACCCUCCUCCUCCUGGACCCUCCUCCUCCUGGACCCUCCUCCUCCUGGACCCUCCUCCUCCUGGACCCUCCUCCUCCUGGACCCCCCUCCUCCUGGACCCUCCUCCUCCUGGACCCUCCUCCUCCUGGACCCUCCUCCUCCUGGACCCCCCUCCUCCUGGACCCUCCUCCUCCUGGACCCUCCUCCUCCUGGACCCUCCUCCUCCUGGACCCUCCUCCUCCUGGACCCCCCUCCUCCUGGAACCCCCCUCCUCCUGGACCCUCCUCCUCCUGGACCCUCCUCCUCAUGGACCCUCCUCCUCCUGGACCCUCCUCCUCAUGGACCCCCCUCCUCCUGGACCCCCCUCCUCCUGGACCCUCCUCCUCCUGGACCCCCCUCCUCCUGGACCCUCCUCCUCCUGGACCCCCCUCCUCCUGGACCCUCCUCCUCCUGGACCCUCCUCCUCCUGGACCCUCCUCCUCCUGGACCCUCCUCCUCCUGGACCCUCCUCCUCCUGGACCCCCCUCCUCCUGGACCCCCCUCCUCCUGGACCCUCCUCCUCCUGGACCCCCCUCCUCCUGGACCCUCCUCCUCCUGGACCCCCCUCCUCCUGGACCCUCCUCCUCCUGGACCCUCCUCCUCCUGGACCCCCCUCCUCCUGGACCCUCCUCCUCCUGGACCCCCCUCCUCCUGGACCCUCCUCCUCCUGGACCCCCCUCCUCCUGGACCCUCCUCCUCCUGAACCCCCCUCCUCCUGGACCCUCCUCCUCAUGGACCCUCCUCCUCAUGGACCCUCCUCCUCCUGGACCCCCCUCCUCCUGGACCCUCCUCCUCCUGGACCCUCCUCCUCCUGGACCCUCCUCCUCCUGGACCCUCCUCCUCCUGGACCCUCCUCCUCCUGGACCCCCCUCCUCCUGGACCCUCCUCCUCCUGGACCCUCCUCCUCCUGGACCUCCUGGACCCUCCUCCUCCUGGACCCUCCUCCUCCUGGACCUCCUGGACCCUCCUCCUCCUGGACCCUCCUCCUCAUGGACCCUCCUCCUCCUGGACCCUCCUCCUCCUGGACCUCCUGGACCCUCCUCCUCCUGGACCCUGGACCCUCCUCCUCCUGGACCCUCCUCCUCCUGGACCUCCUGGACCCUCCUCCCUCAUGGACCCUCCUCCUCCUGGACCCUCCUCCUCCUGGACCCUCCUCCUCCUGGACCCCCCCUCCUCCUGGACCCUCCUCCUCCUGGACCCUCCUCCUCCUGGACCUCCUGGACCCUCCUCCUCCUGGACCCUCCUCCUCCUGGACCUCCUGGACCCUCCUCCUCCUGGACCCUCCUCCUCAUGGACCCUCCUCCUCAUGGACCCUCCUCCUCCUGGACCCCCCUCCUCCUGGACCCUCCUCCUCCUGGACCCCUCCUCCUCCUGGACCCUCCUCCUCCUGGACCCUCCUCCUCCUGGACCCCCCUCCUCCUGGACCCUCCUCCUCCUGGACCCUCCUCCUCCUGGACCUCCUGGACCCUCCUCCUCCUGGACCCUCCUCCUCCUGGACCUCCUGGACCCUCCUCCUCCUGGACCCUCCUCCUCCAUGGACCCUCCUCCUCCUGGACCCUCCUCCUCCUGGACCUCCUGGACCCUCCUCCUCCUGGACCCUGGACCCUCCUCCUCCUGGACCCUCCUCCUCCUGGACCUCCUGGACCCUCCUCCUCAUGGACCCUCCUCCUCCUGGACCCUCCUCCUCCUGGACCCUCCUCCUCCUGGACCCCCCUCCUCCUGGACCCUCCUCCUCCUGGACCCUCCUCCUCCUGGACCUCCUGGACCCUCCUCCUCCUGGACCCUCCUCCUCCUGGACCUCCUGGACCCUCCUCCUCCUGGACCCUCCUCCUCAUGGACCCUCCUCCUCCUGGACCCUCCUCCUCCUGGACCCUCCUCCUCCUGGACCCUCCUCCUCCUGGACCUCCUGGACCCUCCUCCUCAUGGACCCUCCUUCUCCUGGACCCUCCUCCUCCUGGACCCUCCUCCUCCUGGACCCUCCUCCUCCUGGACCCUCCUCCUCCUGGACCCUCCUCCUCCUGGAUCCUCCUCCUCCUGGACCCUCCUCCUCCUGGACCCUCCUCCUCCUGGACCCUCCUCCUCCUGGAUCCUCCUCCUACACACAUACACACACACACACACACACACACACACACACACACACACACACACACACACACACACACACAUCUACAGAUGUAUCUACAGACACCUGUCAAAAAGAACAAAGAAUAUUAUUUGUAGUUAUUACCCCCCCCCCAGAGCAACAGUCUGCCCCCCCCAUCCUCCAUGUCCCCUUCGUUCUGUGCUGCUGCCAACAGAGUUAG